UAUUAUGCCAAGAAAAAAGGUACUAAAAGGGGGAUGAACACAAAUGUAUAUGCUCUCUGCACUUUUGUUUGCAAUAUCAGUCUAAUAUAAUGUAUGGUAUUGGAAAUUCAGGCCAUAAAUCAUGGAAUGGAAGAUUCAUUUCUUGACAAAGUGUGUGAAAUUAGCAAACAGUCCUUUGCUCUUCUACUGAAGAGAAGCUACAAUAUGGUUAAUCAAAUGGAAGGAUAUGGAAAUGAUAAAGUUCUUACAGAUAAGCAAAGGCUUGAUUUGUCUGAUAGAUUGUAUCUUCAUGUGUUCCCUGAAGAUAUAAGAAAACUCCAAUUGUGGCCCCAAAAACCUGAUUGUUUUAGGUACAUCCUCCGCUUUUACUCCGAGAUGACUGAGUUAGACACACACAGGGCUAACAAAAUACUACUUGGUGGUAGGGAUGUUUUUGAAGAAUAUAUGAAGAAUAUGAAGUUGUUGAGUGAGUCCCUCCUUAAGGCCAUGAAUUGCUUUCUGGACCAGUGUGGAGAACGUGGAACGACUAUUGCAAGAUUCAACUUCUAUCCUCCGUGUCCAAGGCCUGAUUUUGUACUUCGAGUCAAACAACAUGCGGAUGCAUCAGCCAUUACCAUCCUGUUGCAAGACAAAGAAGUUGAAGGGCUUCAGGUUCUCAAAGAUGAUCAAUGGUUCAGAGUGCCUGUUGUCCCAUAUGGUUUACUCAUUAAAUGUUGGAGAUCAAGUUGAGGUAAGAAAGAGUAAACUAAAUCAUGCUGAAUGGCUUCACAUGUUCAAAAUUUAAUGCGUCUAAGACACAUUUCUUUUAUGAAGAGACGCAUCCAACCUUCAGAAGAUUUCAGGGUUGCAACGGAAGUCUACUCUGAAAUCAGUGCCCCGAACCUGAUUUUUCUAUCCAAAGUUCUCUUUCUUCUUUUACCAUUAAUCGUGGUGACUUGAACUGGUUGUCGAUUAAAUGUUCUUCUUUAGCGUUAACCAUUUCUAUUUAUUUUCCAAUAAAAUGUUGUACAACAUGUAAAAAUUUUCAGAAACAUUGUUCUUCCUUGCUGCAGAUAAUGAGCAAUGGCAUCUUUAAGAGGGUGUUGACGAAUGCAGAACAAGAAAAAAACACCCUUGCUAUUUUCAUUAUGCCAGAUGUAGCUGUUGGGAUUGGACCAGUGGAGAAGCUUAUCAACGAGGAAAGGCCGAGAGCGUACAAGGACAUUAAGAAUUAUGUUGCUCUCUUCUUCCAAAGCUAUCAGCAGGGGAAAAUACCAAUAGAAGCAGCAAAGAUUAG